AUGCCACCUAUACCUACGCUUGUUAAGCAAAUGUUAGGAAGGGAUACAGAAACUUCUGUUAGGGAGAUUCUGGACUCAAAGCUGGGCGAAGUUUCGACGGAGUCGAAGGUGAAGACAAUGUCUUUGACAUUGUCGUUCAUUUUCAGGGCGCCUCGUGAGCUGCGCCGGGUAAAUGAAGGAGCCUUCGAACCGCAGAUCAUCUCCAUAGGACCGUACCACCACGGAAAGUAUCAUUUGAAGGCAAUGGAAACGCUCAAAGUUGGUUAUUUAAGUAGCCUUCUCCAACGAUGCUCUGAUGGCUUGGAAAACUGCAUCGUGGCCUAUAUGUCCAUAGAACAAGAAGUUCGCAAUUGCUAUGCCGAACACGAUGAUUCCGCUAUGAGCUCUGCAGAGUUCGGGGGGAUUAUGGUCGUCGACCUAUUGUUUGUUGUUCAACUCAUUAGCAAAUUCAUGGAUCCUACACUGAGAGAAUCAAACGAUUCCCUGUUCAAGCAGAAUUUGAAUCUAUCUUUUGUGGCACUAGAUUUGUUACUGCUUGAAAAUCAAUUUCCUUUGUGUCUAUUGGAAAAGUUCGCUGAUAUGACCGGGAUGGGCGGGGAUACUUUUGCAAGAAAGGCUCUUAAUUUCUUCUCCGAAACAGAUUUACGAUUACGUAUGCUGUAUAAAAAGAGAGAUGAUGACUUUAUCUACUCGGCUUGGUGCACGAUAAUUGGAUCCAGUUCCACUCAGUUCGGCGAUAGAGCUGUCAGAACGAGGAAUCAAGUUCCGGCAGGAGAGGAAAAUUUCUUGUUUGACAUCCAGUUCAAACAUGGAACACUGUAUAUUCCAACCUUGAUAGUUGACCACGAUACAGAGAGAAUGAUGCGGAACCUCAUUGCUUACGAACAAUUCAAAGAUAAAUCAGGGAGCAUCGUUAUGGAUUAUGCUAGAUUCAUAGACUGCCUCAUCAACUACCCCGCUGAUGUUGCUUUGCUCUGCGACUGCAGGGUAAUCGACAAUCGGCUGGGUAGCAACGAAGAUGUCGCCAGCAUGAUUAACAAGAUCAACAAUUACGUGAAACUGAGGCAGACAUAUUUCAACACCCCCUGGGAUUGGGUUCUCACUUCCAUUGCAGCAGCCACUCUCCUGCUCGUACUUGCCAUUCUGCAAACUAUAUUUUCGGUUCUUGCUUAUUUAAAAAAAAAACUACAAGUUGAUUGUUCUUCAUGCUCUCGUGCUUUUAUGUCGGGUUCGAAUCAUGCAUGUACCGAAAUAAAGGGUUCGAAUUCAUAUAUAUUUAUACCAAAUACAACUCAGAGAAUCAUCCUUUUGUUUGUAACGAUGACUCGAGAUCAAUGA